AAAUGACUCCUCAAACUUCAUUCAAAAAUUAUAGGAAAUUUACGACAAAAAAAAUAUUCGGCUUCUGCUUCAAAAUUCGUUGUAAACAGAAUGCAACGUUCCUCAACCUCUUGGCCAAAUUAUAGAAACCAGUACUACAAUCCAGUCUAUAAAAUCCGUUCGUUAAUCCAAACUCUAGACGCCGAAUUGGCAGCACUCUCGCACCGUUGCGCCGUCUCGAAAGUUAACGUCUUAAAUCCUGUCAAUCCCAGCAUCGGCUAUAUUCUUGGUCACAGCAGUAGCGGAACAAAAUAUAAAGCAAAACCGGAACCACAGAAGAGUAUGGCGAUCUUAAGUGAUGGCCAACCAAUAAGCGCUGCUCAAACCCGCACACUAUCGAGCAUGUAUCGGUCUCGUGUGAUCGAUGCCUUCCGCAAUAGACGUAUAUUCACAGUUUACGGUAAUUACCAUACCAUACGACGUGCGCUGCUGAACCGUGGUUGGUUGGAAAAGUUGGCGCCAAAUCGUUAUCCAAAAUUGCAAAGUUUGCCCGAAGAGGUGCUGCUGCAGCAUGCCAAACGCGGCAAUGAUUACGAAGCAGUAGCUAUCUCCAAAAUUAUCAGUCACUUUCCGGCGUUUUUCAUUUGGCAGCCAAAAGCACAACGCGAUUAUCAUUCGGAUGUUUUGCCUUUGCGUAAUCGUGUACGCCGCGGUCGCAAUUUGGACUUUUCCACCAAAGUUGGUUUGAUUGGUUGCGCCGAGCAGCAUCAGUGGUUUCAUGAAAGAGGUGUCUGUGGCAUGAGUCAUCCGCGCUUUUAUCGACUUGGCGGCGGUUCGGAAGAGCGUAUGGCAUUCAUAGAGGAUUUCCGUCAAACUCAGUGUCGCAGUUUACUCAAGUAUAUAUUGGAGAAUAUACAACGUCUGCCGGAACUAGCCGAUCCGGAAGAAGGCACUAUACCGAUUUCUGUGGUACACUUCGCGGUGACGAAUUUAAAAAAACAUUUCGAUGAGUUCGAACAUCGUACAUUGGAUGAGGAGUGUGAAAAGAGUAAGGAAAGUGAAAAUAUUGAGUGGCAAGACUUUAUAAUGGAUUCAAAUCGAGUUAUUAAAAAUAAUGCAAAAAUUAAAGUUACUGUGCCGUUGUUGGAGGAGGUGUCGAAAUUGAGUCGUAUUUAUCUGACCAAAUUGGAAGAACGGCGUAGAGACUACAAGUGGGAUGGUUGCCGUAACUUGUGGAUACUCAAACCGGGUUAUCAGUGUCGCGGUUUAGGCAUCAUCAUACGCAGCUCUAUCGACGAGAUAUGGCAAUACGCAACCAAUUUUCCACAACGGAGAUAUAUAGCACAAAAGUAUUUGGAACGUCCACUCCUAAUACACAAAACCAAAUUCGAUAUACGGCAAUAUAUGCUGCUCUCCAUCAGCGAUUGUAUACUAACAAUAUGGUUAUAUAAGGACUGUUAUUUGCGCUUCAGCUCGCAAGAGUUCACCAUAGAUGAUCUACGCGAAUCCAUACAUUUAACGAACAAUUCCGUACAGAAACGUUAUAAGAACAAACCAAAUCGUGAUGUACGUUUGCCCAAGAAUAAUAUGUGGUCAUUGGAACAAUUUAAAAUCUAUUUGAAACAUUCGAAUGCACCCGACAACAUAUGGGACGAACGUAUUUACCCGGGUUUCAAGGAAAAUCUUACCGCAGUUGUAAUGGCCAGUUUGGAAGAGACUGAUUUUGUUGAAAAUUCGUUCGAAUUGUAUGGUUGUGAUUUAAUGUUAGACGAACAAUACAAUCCCAUUUUGAUUGAAAUCAAUUCAACGCCCGAUCUUUCACCAUCCACCGAAGUCACGGCACGCAUUUGUCCUUUGGCACUGAAGGAUUUGGUAAAAGUGAUUGUCGAUUUGCCGCGUAAUCCACUUGCACCCACAGGCAAUUUUGAACGUAUCUAUGAGGUGAACUAUAAGAUCAAAAGAGAUUUCGAUCCCGAAGUUGGUCUGGAUAUUUGUGGCAAGGCGAUGACAUUAUUCAAACAGACUGCACCGCCGCAAAAGAAACUCAUGCGUGUACCGACUAAAUUUAUUAAAAAAACUGAACAUACAAUUAAACUGCCGUUGAAGCGUUUAAGAGGACCGGCUGCACAGAAAACUAAAGCCCUCAUGGAGAGCGGCGUAACUGAACCGAAAAUCCUCAGAUCCGCUGCUAAAGAAGCGCUUGCCCUACGCUACACCGCACCCAAGUAAGAAGAAGUAGAAGAAGAAGAUGAAGAAAACGAAAUGUUCACAGUACAUUUUCUAAUGUUCAAUAGUUUAGUAGGACACGUCUGCCAUUUUAUAACAAUUAAGAACAAAUUAACUAAGUGGAACAACAAUAAAAUUUUUUAAAUAUGUUAACAUAACUAAAAUUUGUAAUUCUAAUAAAUACUCGUAUAUGAUAUGCA